AUGGCGCUCUCUGCCAGCGCCUUUGUCGCGCCCGACGCCCGCGUCGGGGUCAAAGCGCCGCCCGCCCUCGCUGCCGGGCGCGCCGCGGCACCGGCGCCACCCGGCGGAAGCCACGCGGCGCUCGCCGUGUGCGCGGCCGCGGCCGUGGCCGCCGGCCGCGCGCGGCGCACGGCGCGGCGCGAAGGGCCUCAGGUGUCGAAGGAGAAGAGUCCGGAGACGCAGGAAGAAGCUGACAGCUGGGGCGACAAGUUUGUGUGGGAGAAGGCUUGGUAUCCCCUGGCAGUGGUCGAAGACCUGGACGAUACGAGGCCCACGCCUCUUACUCUGCUGGGGGAGGACCUGGUCGUUUGGAAGGAUGGCGAGGGACAGUGGCGCGUCUUUGAGGAUCGUUGCCCGCACCGCUCCGUGCCCUUGAGCGAGGGCCGCGUCGAGAAGGACGGCACGCUGCUUUGCUCCUACCACGGCUGGCGCUUCAACGGCGAGGGCAAAGCCACAGAGAUCCCGCAGGCGAUGAAGGCGAGCAAGGAGCGGCUGCUGGAGAAUCCCCGCGCCUGCGCGGCUGCGCGCCCAGCACAGGUGCGGCUGGGAGUGCUGUGGGUCUGGGGGGAGAGCGGCCCAGACGCCGCCUUGGAGAGCGCGCUGCUGGAGCCCAACCUGCCCACAGAGCUGGAGGACCCGGCGAUGAAGGACCGGGCUACGGCCGGCGUGUGGUCCCACCGGGAUAUGCCGUAUGGCUGGGAGGUGGCCUUCGAGAACGUGACGGACCCUGCCCACGUGGCGGUGGCACACCACAACAUCGUGUCCAACCGCUACGAGGACCCAUGCCCUAUCAAGGUGGACUUCGUUCGGAAGCCCAGCAACAAGGAAGGCUUUUCCUUCCGCACCACGCGGGUGGAGCAGAAGAAGAGGUCUCCUGACGAUGACGCUGUGACCACCAUGGACUUCCGCCCGCCUUGCCAGAUGCAGAUCCGUAGCCUCUACCCCUCGGGGGCCUCGCUGACUUUGCUGAUCAACUUCGUGCCCACCAAGCCCGGCUUCACGAAGCUGAUCGGGUCGACCAUGCUCAUCAAGGGCGAGAAGGGAGAGACGCCCAAAGGCUUCGGUAUGUACAACGCUCCACUUCCCCGCUGGCUGAUGCACGUGCUCGGCCCCGUGUUCCUGAACCAAGACGCCGUCUUCCUGCAUCAUCAGCAGAACAUCCUGGAGAAGGAGAAGCGGAAGCACGGCAAGAGCUGGAAGGAGUCCUAUUGGAUUCCCACGGAAGCUGACAAGGGCACCGUGACCUUGCGGAGGUGGCUGGACAAGAACGGAGGUGUUGGCUGGAGCAAGGCAGCGAAUACAGACAUUGAGACGACAGACAAAGAGCAGCUCUUUGAUACCUACAAGUCGCACACUUGCCAAUGUGCGGCCUGCCAGAGAGCAUUGAAGUGGACCGACCGCGUCAACAAGACGUUCAAGUACUCCGCCCUGGCCUGCGCCUCCGCGGGGCUCAGUGCGGGCAGCUGGCCGCUGCUGGCGGGCGGCGCGGCGCUGGGCGCCGGCGCCCACGCCAGCGCCAAGCUGCGGCGCAUGUUCUACGAGGUGCCAUUUCACCACCAGGAUGAGAUGGAUGCUGAAAAAGAUGGCUUCGACUCUGUGAACACCAGGCCAAAGCAGGCUGCCACCAAGGAGCCGGACAAGCAGACGUCUGAGUCCAUGAAGCCAGUGCCGCCGUCUGGGCCGAAGCCCACAGGAAGCAGCAGCUUCUCCUUUUGGAAGAAUCGCUUGGGCUGGAGCAAGCCGAAGCCGGAGGAGGCUGUGAAAUGA